AUGUGUUGGCGGGGAGCGCCACCGCUGGGCUGGCAUCUGUUCUUCACUCUCCUGCCUUUUACAUCUAUUUCUGCAUUUUUCUCUCUCUGGUUUGAACUGUGGCUUUGGGUUUAUCUAUUGAUGCGCAGAUUUGGAGCUGCAGGAGAGUGAACCGAGCAAGUGAAGGUGUACGUUGCCAAAGAGCAGCGGUGAAUGACAAUAACAGAGAUGUUCUCUAUGACUUUUACAGAACCCUUCGUGAAAGCUCUUUAGCUUUAACACCCUUUAGUCUGGCUGUCAUCUCCUGGGUCUCUGGAGUCCCUUUCAGGUGCUGGAGUACCGGCAGGACUCGCUGACUGAGCGAAAAGGGCUCUUUAGGAGCUUGAAUCACCACUUUUUAAAUUUGUUUUGAAACUUUUGGAUCUCUUCAUCCCACUUGAAUCUUAUUUUACCACUGUGUUUGCCAGCUAAACUGCUCUAUUUGUUUUUAAUCUGGAUUAAUAAUUAAAACAGUGAUUUCUUCUUGGAGUUAAGAAGCGAAUCAAGUUUGUGAUCGCACUUCAGCAGAAUGUUUUUGUGCACUUCAAGUAGCACCAAGAACCAAAGCAAAACUCUGCAGCCCCUGGCGGGGACGUUCGGAGCAAAUGGCAGGAGGUGGGGACGAAAUGCCCCGAGAGGCAGCUCCGCCGGCUGCACAAGAGUCCGGCUGCCCAACGCUCGCUGUUAUCACAUGCUGGGGAAAGGAUCACGUGAAGAGGCGGGGAGUCAGCCCUGCAGAGCCUGGGUGGCAUUGCGGUGUUGCUGGUGGGAUCCUGGGAGCUUCUGCCUCCGAUGGCAUUUGUAACCCAGCAUCAGAUCCAAAAGUUCCGUGAGGAUGGCUUCCUUGUCCUAGAGCACUUUUUCACUGCGGAGGAGUGUGACAGCAUGAGGAACCAGAUUCAGAGAAUCAUAGCGGAGAUGGAAGUGCCACCGCACUGCCGCACCGAGUUCUCUACAAAGGAAGAGGAGCAGCUCCAGGCGCAGGGUAGCUCGGAUUAUUUCCUAACCAGUGGAGACAAGAUUAGAUUCUUCUUUGAGAAAGGUGUUUUGGAUGAGAGAGGUAACUUUCUAAUUGCAAAGGAGAAAUCCAUCAGCAAGAUUGGCCACGCUUUACAUGCUCGUGAUCCUGUCUUCAAGCAAAUCACCCACUCCUCCAAGGUGCAGGAAUUGGGAAGAAAACUAGGCCUUGAGAAACCAGUAGUUGUGCAAAGCAUGUAUAUCUUCAAGCAACCUGGCAUUGGCGGUGAAGUGACCCCCCACCAGGAUGCCACCUUCCUCCACACGGAGCCUCUGGGCAGAGUCCUGGGGUUCUGGAUUGCCCUGGAGGACGCCACGAGGGAGAACGGCUGCUUGUGGUUCAUUCCUGGCUCUCACACCAGUGGAAUUACCCGGAGAAUGGUCCGUGCAGCUCCAGGUACCUCAACAUGCGUAGAGUUUGUAGGGUCAGAGCCGGCCUACGAUGACAGCCAGUUCAUACCUCUGCCUAUAAGUAAAGGUGGACUCAUUCUCAUCCACGGCGAAGUCGUCCAUAAGAGUGACUUGAACAGCUCAGACUCUUCUCGCCACGUGUUCACCUUCCAUGUGAUGGAAGCCAAAGACACCACCUGGAGCAAGGAGAACUGGCUCCAGCCAACUCCGGAACUGCCUUUUCCGUCACUCUACACUUGAAGCUAGUGAUUGGCUUCUGGAGUCAAUAGCUGAUUGAUAUUCCUUUCUGAUCAUGUUCCCUUUAAAUGCAAUUUCCACUAGAUCAGCUCUCAAGAUUAAUUUAUCCUUUUCUCAGAACGAGGACCUUUGACACAGCCGAAUACACCUGCAUUAGGCAGGAGUUUCUACUACGGCAUGAGCCCUACUAGUGCGAGAACAGUUGCCCAUUCCUUUGGUAAGGCAACUCCUUCAGUCUUGAGAACAGACCAUUAAAGGCCAUUACACACCAUUACACCUUGACCGGAACCAGUUAAGAGGUAUUCCUUCUUGCACAUACUCAGUAUUUUCUUCUGUUUAAGGCAAGAGCUUGUCUAGUGUGUUUCUUGGCUGUGUCGAUCCCAGCAAUGCAGGUGAACACGUCCUGGGAAGAUGGCUGACUUUUACCCUUAGGUCUCUGUCCUAUUGUUUGAAUAAUAGUGAUUAAAAAUAGCCCUACUGUGGGCAAAAUGAAGCAGGAAGUCUAUUUUUAUAAUCAAUCUUUUAAGUAUUUCUAGCAAACUGUAGCUGUUUGAUCUCUGUGUCUUCUUAAAGAUUCAUAUUGAAACUAUGAAAACAAAAAAACCCAAUCGAACUCCGAACAUUUAAAUAAAAAAAAUAGAAAU